ACUAGUACGAAUAUAAUUUUGACUAGGAGAAAUUAUAUUAUGUAUAUCUAAAAUGUAAUUACGGAUAGGAGUGUGACUUGAUUAAAUGUUAAAACGGCUUGCCAUAUGCAGCCAGACCCUUCUCGCUUUGCGCGCAUUUCGCUCCGCCCUGCCUACUGAGAACCCUGACAUCGGCUCAUUCGCAGACUAACAGUGAUUGGAUGUUGGGAAAGAGCGAACAGGAUGUGAUAUCUAUUAUCUCGUUUGUGCUUUUUCCAGUGGAUGUUUCAGCUACUGUAGUAAAUCUUGUCCAUAUUCAGUUUGUAGGUAAUCUAUUAUUUUCUUUCUCAACUUCUAAAAGUUUGAUUUAAGGGGGCUUUGCCCCCUCUUGCCCCAGCGUAAAGCCGGCCCCGGGCAACAGUGUGAAGCAGAUCCGUUACGUUACAUUAGCAGCAGAAAUUAGUAGCAGGAGAACGCAGGGGAAAACUUGAAGAAGAAGAGUUCGUGCUGGUGGACGACAGGCAGCCAGGGGCGAGGACCGGAUCGGAGACGUGCGGGGGCUACGGGUCCCGGACCCGGGUCCGCGGCCGCUAGUCAUGUCCGGGUUUGCCGGGGCUCCGACCGUCAGCCGUGAGGAUGUAAGCAGGGCGGCCACGGAGCGAACAAUAGCGGCCGCAGUCACGGAGCGAACAACAGCGGCCGCAGUUACGGAGCGAGAGCGGAUUGCUGGACGGAUCUACAGCACAGAGCACCACGGUCGAGGAUGGAUGGUCACACUUCUCCUGCUCCUCUGCCUUGUACACCAUCUCUCUGCUGUCUUCCAGGCAGACUUAUCUGUUUCUCCUGGAGGGACUGUCACACUGCCCUGUGAUGGAGGAACCGAUAAAGACGGCAAUGAAGUUGAGAUGUCGUGGGAGUUUGAAGACACGACUGUCUGCUGGUUUCAAAAUGGGACUUUGUGUGAACAUCGUUUCUUUGUAAACCGGAUUCAGCUUGGAUCCAUUCAACAGAAAAACUUCUCUUUGGUCAUCAAUCCUGUCAGACUGCAGGAUCAGGGGGGGUAUACGUGUCUGAUCAAUGGUGCAGAAAUACAGAUUAAUCACCUCUUUGUUAGAGGUGUGUCUGUAGGAGGCCGGAAGCAAAGGGCUGCAGAGACCCCACCUGCAGAAUCAGACGGUCUUCUUUGUAAUCUGCAUGAAAACAAAGACAAAGAAGUUCCUGAUGAAAACCCUCCAGGGGUCCCUUCAAGUGUACGGCUGACAAAGAACUGGCCUCUGAUUGUGGUGAUUGUGGGGAUUGUGGUGAUUGUGGUGACUGGUGAUUGUGGGCCUGCUUGUGAAUAAGAGGAGAUUGUAGCUCAUCAGAAGGUGGAGGAACCAGGCAAGGAAUCAUGAUAAAUUUGGCCUUGAUUGCUGCUUGAGGAUGCUGUGGGACAGUGCAGAAGGCCGCACGCAGGUCGAGGAUGAGGAUGCUAUGGGCUCCAAGAGUCAGCAGACAUUAGAAGAUCUUUAGAAGAAGAAGUAGUUUAGAAGAACUUUAGUUAAGAUGGUUUCAGUGCUGUGGAGAGAGCGGCAGUCUGAGUAAAGUGAAUCGAGCAGGUUAUUGUGUUGGAUAUUGGCAAUUAAGCAAUUAAGGCUAACAAAUCUCAAUAAUGAACUAAAAGAACUUGAGAGACAACAUAAAACACAACAAAAAUCAAACCUGAUGACUAAGAUAAAGAAAAUUAGAAAUGAAAUAAAUAUGAUAUAUUCUCAGGAAAUUGAAAAAAAGAUAUUUACGAAACAGAAGUAUUAUGAAUCAGGCUCUAAAUCAACUAGACUUUUGGCAAGGAGGCUACAGAAACAACAAACGGACAAUACAAUAUAUAGAAUAAGGGAUUUAUACUCUAAGAACAUACAAUAUAAACAAGAUGACAUACAAAGAACUUUUAAAAAAUAUUACAAGUUACUGUAUACACAACCACAUCUAGAGGAUGAGCUACAGAUUAGACAAUUUCUCGACUCCUUCAACUUACCGGUCGUAACUGAGGAAAAAAAUCAAACGUUAAUAGCUGCAAUAACUGAGACAGAGCUAAAUAAUGCCAUCUCCAGGCUCAAGACGAAUAAGUCUCCUGGCCCCGAUGGCUUUACGUCAGAGUGGUAUAAGACUUUUCGAUCUGAAUUAAUACCAAGUCUUCUUCGGGCUUGCAAUGCAUCUUUAGUGGAGGCCAAAAUGCCUCCAUCAUGGAGCGAGGCGAUCAUCUCAGUUAUCCCAAAAGAGGGAAAAGAUAAUUUAGACUGCAAUUCAUACAGAGCAAUUUCGAUCCUGAACGUCGAUUACAAACUACAUGCAAGCGUCCUUGCCGGAAGACUAGAAAAGAUUCUCCCGCAAUUAAUACAUAACGAUCAGACUGGGUUUAUCUCUCAAAGACAAACUCAUGAUAAUAUUAGACGA